AUGAAGAGAAACAAAAGCAGUGCCUGGCUGAAUAGCUUAAUAUUAUUAAUAAUGCGUGGGAUGAAGCACGUAAUGCUCCCAUUUGAUAUAAAGGCAGUGUUAGUCAUAGGGACAGAGUACGUAUUAGAGUACAUAUACGGUAUUAUGCACAGUGAGAGUAGAAUUAAGGAAAGUCCUUCAGAGGCAGGUAUAGAUACAGAAAUCAAGGACGUGCCCAGGAAGAGUGCAGUAUUAUUAGAUGGAACCAGUAAAUAUGGAAGUAUCCUGCGGGAUAAGCUCAUAAAACAGGGUUAUUCUGUUACAUACCCAGAUGAGGCAGGUGUGCAUGCGGAGUAUACCGUACCCAUCCCGAUUAAAAUAAGAAAUGAAGAUUCCAUAGACAUAUUCAUUAAGAAAGUACCACAGAAAUCAAUUGAUCUUCUGGUUAUAAAUUCAUCUGCGUGUAAGUUAUCCAAGGACAUCAGAGUGCAGCCAAUUAAAGGGAUUGAGAAGAAAAUAAUCCCAUCCAAGGAGAAGAAAGGGUUCAUUAACAAGAAUGAGUUAUACAAAGAUAAGAGCAGGAUUUUAUUAGAGAAGGAUCAUAAUGCCAAGAAGAAUUACUUGUUCAACUUUCUAUUAAUAAGAGGUCUUGCUGAUAAGUUAAAGAGUGGUAAUGGCAUGGUUAUAAUUUGUACGCACCGGGUGUUCAAUCUGGUUGAGAAACCUCCUGUACUUAUCCCGAGUUAUUUAUUCUCUUAUUGUUAUAGUCAGUUACUGAGUUGUUUCUUAGGGAUUGGUGCUAAAUCAAGGUACAGUUACUUAGACGUAAGGAUCAUAAGUUGUAGUUUUAUGAAUGAGUUAUGGACUGAUUAUGUCAUGCACAGUAUAAAGAAGACUAAAAAGAGAACAGUUCAAUAUUUCAAUGGAGUAUCAGAGGAACGUAUAAAUUCAGAAUAUUUCGACCGUGCUAAUGACGUAUGGGAGAAUGCAGAGAUGAUUUCAUAGUGAUGUACUCAUGAGGAGGCACUGUACCCAUCUGUAUAACACACUCUAUGAUAGAGAUAGUAUUGAUAAUGCUCUUUAUUAUGAUUAUUAGGAUAUCGGGAUGUGCAUGAGUCCUUGUGGUACUAUUAGUACUGUGCCUUAUGGUGAAUGUAUCCCGUGGUUCUUUUAUGAUUUGGCUGAGUGCGUGAUAUUUAUAUAGUCUAAGAUAAUCUGUGAUUCAUAGACCCCAGCCUGUAUCAAGGCAGAAUCAUCGUGCGUAGUCACGUUGUAUGAUCAGUCUCGGGCAUGUACGUAUGUGUGAUGGUAUCAUUAUGGAUAGAGUACUUCGACGUAUAAAUAAACC